AAUGGUGUGAUCAUUGUUAUACAGUAUAUUUAUGGAACGUAUAUAAAAACUGAUGGUCAUACAUAUUUAGCGGGCCCCUAGUGGUCACAAGCGUAAUUACAACGACUGGACCCGACUUCGCACUCGCACGUUUGCAUCCAUCUACAGCCGCCACGGCCAAGCAAGGAUCUCCCACUCCACAAAAUGUCGAAAUUGCUGAAUUUGAAGGUGGAAGACCCAUCAUGCCUCUGGGCUCAGUUGGCGGGAGAUGGCGGCGUGGGGGCUGUUAGUAAAGAGCAGUACGACGAGCUGUUCGAUCAAAUGAAUCUCUUCUACAGCGAUGUCACCAGGGAUGUGGGUAAAGUGAUAACCUCCUCCUUGGAGGUGGGACAGGUGUGUGUUGUGUACUGGUCCCAGAUGAAGAAGUGGUGUCGGGCCCUGCUGGAGGCCAUCCUUACAGACUCGAUGGCGUGCUACGCACGCUGUUACUUGGUUGACCACGGAGAGCUGCUUGUUGUCCUUCUUCGGCAGAUCCGGUUGGCCGAGAAGGACUUUCUCCAGCUGCCGUACUGGAUGAGGAGAUUCCACCUGGCCAGGGUCAAACCAACAACCCUGCGCGUGUCUUUCUGUGAGAAGGCCAAGCUGGUCACUUCCAGUCGGUGGGACAGCUCAGCGACGUGCUACAUGUACAACCUGAUCCAAGCAUCCAGUCAGACGGAGGCCAUGUUGCUGGAGGACGAGUCCCACUCGACCGCCAUCGAGCUUUACGUGACCAUCAAAGACUUUAAGAUUUGUGUGAAUGAUGAACUUGUGGAGAGGAGCUAUGCUGUUUAUGACUAUGAGUCAGCUGACAGCCGCAAGCUGGACCAACUGGACCUACAGGUUGUCAGGUUUUCAGGCGACAUCCUAACUUCAACAACCUGUGAGCAUGUGUACAAGCCCCCAGCACGAACCCAGCUUCUUCCAGACAAGAAAAUUCUGCCUCCUCCUGGUGUGGACACAGAUAAAACCACUUCACACGCCGAUGUGGACAUUUUGCCUCCUCCUGCCGCUUACGCUGAUGUAGAAACUUUGCCUCCUCCUGCCGCUUACGCUGAUGUGGAAAUUUUGCCUCCUCCUGCCACGUACACUGAUGUGGAAAUCACACGCCCUCUAACUGCUUGCAUCGAUGUGUCUCAGAGCCAAGACUGCGACCUAAAAACCUCAGAGGGAAGCAGCAGGUCAGAGGAUGGACCACAGCCUGACUGCACCCAAUCAAAAAGUGACUCGACAGAGGACUCGGAUGCCUCUUUGGCUGCUGCUUUCAACACAAAUCUCAGUCUGUUUAGGCUUAUGAAGUUUCUCAAUCCUGGCUGCAGCUUCAAAGAGGCGGAGCCAACUUUGAGUCACCAAGAGGAUCCAAUAGAAUGUUCACCUGGCGAAGAUUCUACCAGCUUGCCCAAUGGCUGCACAGGAGAGGAAGUCGAGUCACCACCUGACCAAUCCGAUGUGAUGAAGACCAGCAGCAACAACGACUGGGCGUGCUCGAGACUUUUGGAGUGGUUGAAUCCACAGCCUCUCAAGCUCCAUUCAGAAGAUGAAGAUGAGCAGAUUAUCUCCAGUGCUCCUAAGAGAAGUGACAUGCUGGUGCACUCAGCCCUCCCAUUGGAGCCGUGCACGGGCUUAGAUGACGCACCCAUCACUGAUGGCCUCCGCACGUUGUUGCAGAGGAAGCGGUUUUGCCUUUCUCCUGCUGACCUCUUCAGCUGGCCUGCUGUGGCUCAAGGAAAUAACACCGUCGUCAUUUCCCAUGCUGGCGACCAACCUCGAAGCUACCUAGCACCCCUCCUCACUCACAUGCUGCUCAGCAGCUCCAUCUUGACCACCUCGUCCUCCAGAGCAGGACCCAUAGCAGUCGUGUUGUGUCCUGGAUGGGAGAAAGUCCAGUUGGUGUGCGACCUGCUUGAGGAGAGCAAGGUUUCCCAGUGCCUCAGACCAUUCAGUGUGCUGCUGGGAACCACCAAAGACGAAGCUAAAUAUAUGAAGAUACCAAAAAACUGCCUGCUUUUAGUGACCACUCCCUUCAGUUUUGUUCGUCUGUUGUCAUGUCAUCGCUUCCUGUUCCUGCGUAUGGGUCACUUGGUGCUAGACGAGGCAGACCAGCUUUUCAUUCUCGCUCCAGAACAGAUGGAGUCCAUUUUGCAGCAUUUUCAGACAGUAAACUCCCGCAAGGAAAUGGCCUUGUAUCCGCAGCAGCUUGUUGCCGUGGCUAAGCGUUGGACAAGUCACAUGGAGGCAAUGGUAACCAACCACAUGCCCUACCCCUGCAUCACCAUAGCAGCUUCCGAAGAAGCAGCUCUUUAUGGCAACGUGCAGCAGGCUGUCCUCAUGACCUUAGAGAGCAACAAGAUCUCAGCGCUGUUGGCUGCGUUAGAUUUCAGGCCUGACGUCAGCCAGAAGACUUUAAUCAUCACCAACUCUGUUGAGGAGGUUGAAGACGUUUUUAAUGCUGUGAGCAGUAAAUCGGUGUUCUGUCUAAAGUCUCAUGUCGGUUUAAAUCACAACUUGGACUUUGUGGUCCAACAGUGGAGCAAAAACAUCGGGCCUGGGACUCACAUCAUUCUAGUCACCACCAGUGAGUGUUUGAGGUGUUUCGGGGUUACAGAUGCCACUUGUGUCGUCCACUUUGGCUUCCCGAGUUCACCCAAAUUGUUUGGAUGCCGACUGCUUUGCAUGAGCAGCAACUUAAGAAACCUCACAGAACCAGACUCAUCACAGGCCAGCUCCAGAGUCACCAGGUCUUUGCUGCUUGUCUCCGAGAGGAACACACGGCAUGUUAGCGCUCUUGUGCGCUACCUUAAGCGGACAAACGCUCUCCUGUCUCCAGAGCUGCUGUCAUUUGCCGAGAGCACAGAAACAGCCCGAGAGGAGCAGAAGACAGAGCGGCCACUCUGUCGCUACCUAAAGAGCUUUGGAGUGUGCAGGGCCAGCACUGUGUGUCCAGACCGUCACAGGAUCCUUCCUCAGCUGGAUGAAUCGGAUGUUCCCACUCCUGCUGUCAUACAGGUCACAACAUCACUUUUCACAGUGUUGCCUCUCUACGUCAAGACAGCGUCAGUCUUUUAUGGACGUAUAAUCAGGAAAGAAGAUAGCACCUUUGACAGCAUGGCGGCCGACAUGGCCUCUGUCUAUGCUGACAAGAAACCUUAUCCUCACGAGGUGCUGGAAGGAGGCUUGUAUGCAGUGCAGAAGAACGACGUCUACCACCGGGUAAAGGUCCUAGCUACCCCCGACACGAAUGGCCAGCUGUUUUAUUGCGUCCGCUGUCUCUUUAUUGACAUUGGAAAAGAGGAAGAAGUCAAAUCCUAUGACAUCCUACAGCUCCCAGAGAAGUUCCACACUCUGCCCAGCCAGGCAGUGGAGAUGAUUCUCUGUCAGGUGAAGCCGGGUGACGCAGAGGCGGACUGGCAUCCCAAGGUGACGAGAGCCAUCAGCCAGAAGAUCCAAGGUGUUCAGCACCGAGCCAGAGCUGUCUUAAGUCUUGGAAACACCAUCUUUUUUGAUUUAAUGGUUCGAGAGACCCACGUGCCCGGAAUGAAAACUGUCAUCAGUGAGUACAACGUUCCCACGCUGAUUUUAAACACGGGAAUGGGAGAACGAAACCCGGAUCAUCUAGACCUGUUGAAGGGGCUGGGUCAGGACAAAGGUACCCACUGCAGUCAGGCGGACCACUCAUCCGGGAACAAAGCUGAAGAACGAGUUCUGGUGGUGAAGAACCUUGAUGGUGCCGCACCCCCAGAUCCUCCCGAGUCUUUCCCGCAGCCUUCUGUUUGUGAUAUUUACGAUGCAGACAAGAAGACUGAUAUCCACACCACUGAUCUGAGUGGAACAGAAAGUGGAACUGACACCAGAACACACCAAGCUUCUCAUCUUAACCACAGCAGAGAUGGCGUUCCCGAUUGUGAUGACAAAAGAGACAAUCAGCAGAUCCUCAGUUGUCCUGGAGACGACAACAAUUCUACUACAAAAAGUUUGCACCCUCAGGUUCUGUGGUACCAGACGUCCGACUCGGUAACCGUCACGCUGAAGAUGAGGAACCCGCAGAGUCAGCGCUGUGACUUUCAUGCCGACCGUGUCGUGUACAGUGGCAGUGUGAACGAGCGUCGCUACAGAGCCCAUUUGGACCUUCACGCCAACGUGGUGCCUGAGCGUUGCCGCUGGGAGCUCAAAUCCAACGAGCCCGUCCUCACACUGGCCAAACAGGAGCGGCACUCCUGGCCAACACUGCUCAAGAGCAAGAACAUUUUUGUGAGUUACGACAUGGAGCACCUGGAGGAAGAAAACGACGAGUCCCCACAAGGUGAAUUAUUUUUGGGGGAAACAGGAGGAGACGCCUGCUGUGUCGACUCGGACAGCAGCACAGACAGCGAUUGAACCUGUGUUCUCUGUCACGAUUGACUGGACAGCAUAAAAUACUGCUCAUACCCGUAAUUACACACGCACACAUUGUGACUUGCUCAUGACAGGUACAAAUAAUUAUUUAAUCCUCUGUUGAUUUUGUAAAUUUCAACCCCUCACAAAUACCUGACAGUCCAGAUUUCUUUGGUAGUAAAUUUCAAUAUAUAGUAUAUAUCAAAUAUAGUAGAUACAGUUGGGGAAAUAAGUAUUUGAUGUUUGCCGCCACAGAAAUAUAUAAACACUCCAGUUUUAUAGCAGGUUUAUUGUAAACGAGCGAGAAAGAAUGUACAAAACAGUGGUACAUCAACUUACAAGUAAUUUGAGAUGCAAGCUGCUUUUUGUUAUGCUUUAAGUUGCGAGCAUACUUAGUUACGGGCACAUACUUGGCCAAUGAAGCUGAUUCUGAUUUUAACCGUCAGUAAAUUUGUAACAGGGUUGUGCCGUUUAAGCAAAAAAUAGUUUAUAUAUAGUUAUACGGCCCUGCGAUAAGUUAAGUUAAAGUUAAAGUACCAAUGAUUGUCACACACACACUAGGUGUGGUGAAAUUUGUCCUCUGCAUUUGACCCAUCCCCUUGUUCACCCCCUGGGAGGUGAGGGGAGCAGUGGGCAGCAGCAGUGCCGCGCCCGGGAAACAUUUUUGGUGAUUUAACCCCCAAUUCCAACCCUCCCCUUGGUAGAAGAUGGAUGGAUUGAUGUAUUUACACGCCGAUGUUCAUGCUUCGUGUACAUACGUUUUUGAUUGAACAGUUGAGAAAAGCUUUUGAGCGCCACUCGCAGAUCAGUACAACUAUCGGAACUAAGAAAGUUAGUGCGAAGGAGAGGAAGCAGACUACCAAAUCAGAGAAACAGACCAAAAAAAAAAAUCCCAGCGGUUAGCAGAGUACCCGGCAAGUCACCCCUGACAAAGCAUCAGUUAGAUUUGCAAAGGCUGUGCAGCCAGCCACAAACGUCCAAGCGACGGACAUUUAUCCAUAAACAUUGAGAAGCUGCAGAUGCUGUGUUUGACGUGAUUUAGUUUGUUCUGUCUAAUCCUGACUCAACAAACUAGACAGAUGAUUUCUUAGUUCUUGCAACCCCGGGAAUAAAAAAAAAAGAUAGAAUCUGCAGACUUGGAGGAUGUUCAUUCAGUUGUUUCAUUUUGUAGAAAAAAAAGCUGAUUCUCAAAUGGUAACUUUCUGGCUGUAACAAACACUGAAAUAAAUCAAGAAAAUAAAUUGUUAGUCGAAUAUAGAUACAUUUUUAGAUCAAGCAAAGUGAAACAAUUAUGGAUUAACUCAAUUCUGAAGAUAAAUUAUAGAAUCGGAAUAAACCCCUACAACACACCAGUGGUACUUUGUUGCUCCACCUUUGGCUUUUAUAACAGCUUGCAUUCUCUGAGGCACGGACUUUACGAGUGACAAACAGAACUCUUCAUCAGUCUUGCUCCAACUUUCUCUCAUUGCUCUUGUCAGAUCAGCUUUGCAGGUUGGAGUCUUGUCAUGAACUGUUUUCUUACAUUUCCACCACUUACAGUGCAUCUGGAAAGUAUUCACAGUGAUUCCCUUUUUCCACAUUACAUCCUUAUUCCAAAAUGGAAAACAUGUCCUCAAAACUCUACACACAAUACCCUAUAAUGACAAUGUGAAAGUUUUUUUUUUAAUUUCGCUCAUUUAUUAUAAAUAAAAAAUCACAUGAACAAAACCCAAAACCAGUGAAGUUGGCACGUUGUGUAAAUAAAAACAGAAUACAAUGAUUUGUUGCAUCCAAGCAACGUUAUUAUGGACGCCCCUGCUUAUUUCAGCAAGACAAUGCCAAGCCACGUGUUACAACAGCGUGGCUUCAUAGUAUAAGAGUGCGGGUACUAGACUGGCCUGCCUGUAGUCCAGACUUGUCUCCCAUUGAAAAUGUGUGGCGCAAUGUGAAGCGUAAAAUAUGACAGCGCAGACCCCGGACUGUUGAACAACUUAAGCUGUACAUCAAGCAAGAAUGGGAAAUAAUUCCACCUGAAAAGCUUCAAAAAUUGGUCUCCUCAGUUCCCAAACGUUUACUGAGUGUUGUUAAAAGGAAAGGCCAUGUAACACAGUGGUAAAAAUACCCCUGUGCCGACUUUUUAGCAACGUGUUGCUGCCAUUAAAUUCUAAGUUAAUGAUUAUUUGCAAAAAAAUAUUACGUUUCUCAGUUCGAACAUUAACUAUCUUGUCUUUGCAGUCUAUUCAAUUGAAUAUAAGUUGAAAAGGAUUUGCAAAUCAUUGUAUUCUGUUUUUAUUUACGAUUUACACAACGUGCCAACUUCACUGGUUUUGGGUUUGUACAUAAGUAUUUACAGCCUUUGCUCAAUACUUUGUUGAUGCACCUUAGGCAGCCAUUUCAGCCUCAAGUCUUUUUGAAUACGACGCUACAAGCUUGGCACACCUAUCUUUGGGCACUUUCGCUCAUUCCUCUCUGCAGCACCUCUCAUGCUCCAUCAGGUUGGAUGGUUGCUGCAUUCAUCUUUCCCUCUAUCUUGACUAGUUUCCCAGUUCUUGCCGCUGAAAACCAUUACCACAGCAUGAUGCUGCCACCACCAUGCUUCACUGUAGGGACGGUAUUUGCCGGGUGAUGAGCGGUGCCUGGUUUCCUCCAAACAUGACGCCUGGCAUUCACGCCCAAGACUUCCAUCUUUGUCUCAUCAGACCAGAGAAUUUUGUUUCUCAUGGCCUGAUAGUCUUUCAGGUGCAUUUUGGCAAACUUUUCACCAAGAAAUGGCUUCGGCCUGGCCACUCUACUAUACAGGCCUGAUCGGUGGAUUGCUACAGAAAUAAAGGUUCGCCUCUCUCCACAGAAGAAUGCUGGCGCUCUGACCAUCGGAUUCUUGGUCACCUUCCUGUCUAGACUAAGAUGAAUGCAGCAAUGCACAGAGACAUCCUGGAUGAAAACCAACACAUCCCAUCCUAACCUGAUAGAGCGUUCUGUCUUGAUGCUUUGAUGUUUUCCUUGGUCUACCAGUAUGAUUGCCCUUUACUACCUUCCCACGUUGUUUGCACUUGGUCCACAUUUUACACAAAGCUGACUGUGAACAAUUCACAUCUUUUGCAACAUUUUACCUUCUCAAAGAAGUUUGGUAAUCCUCUCCUUUGUUUCAAUUGACAGCUAUCGUGUUGUAGCCAUGAUUCAUGUCAAUCCACCUGCUGCAACAGCUCUCCAAGUUGUGGUUCGAUCAUUUUUUUCACGCUGCUUGAUUUAAAAAAACAACAACCUGUUAUUUAUUUUCUCGAUUUCAUUUAGUGUUGCUAAAGCCAGAAAGUUGCCAAUUGAAAUGACUAUAGAUUUGUGUUGGGCUUUAUGGCCACACAACCGCUUUUCUCAGGUUCUCAAUCAAAUACUUAUUUUUCCCAAUGUAUCAUUAUUUUAUUACUUUGUCUUUCACCCUCUCUUAAGAUAAAUACUGGACUGUAUUUGCAAAGGCCUUUCUUCACUCCUCUUUAUUCAUUGCUUAAUCUUUGGCAGGCAAUUAUGUUCAAAUUCAAUACUUGUCCUUCUCACUUUUAAGAUGCUCAUGUGUUUGAGAGGCAGUGAUUUAUGUUCAUGUCACUCACUCUGGGGAGGCUUGGCUCGGUUAGUAGAGCGGCCGUGCCAGCAACUUAAGGGUUCCAGGUUCGAUCUCCGCUUCCGUUUUCCUUGUCACUGUCGUUGUGUCCUUGGCCAAAACACCAGUGCCACCCACACUGGUUUAAGUGUAACUUAGAUAAUGGGGUUCACUAUGUAAAGCGUCUUGAGUCACUAGAGAAAAGUGCUAUAUAAAUAUAAAUCCCUUCAUUCUGCUUUGAUUCAGGAGUUACUGAGGGGAAAUACUGUACAUUAGUUUAGAUACAGUACAUGUUUGUGGUCACAUGGCUGUCUUGUUUGGUCUGUUCUUUUUCGCUGCUUCUUUCAUUUGAGGUGUUUUCCAUGUGAUCCACAAUGAAAAAAAUAAA